AUGACAGCUGUCAAUACGAUGCAAUGGAGAUGCACAACGAGGAGUCAUGUAACUCGUAAUUGUUGCCGCUUUGCGGUUGACUGGUUUCGUUUUCGACAUUUAGCAGUCAAAACAUGCCCAUGUUAUCCAACCAUAUCGUUAGAGUCGCAUUUGUUUAGCGACAGCUCGAAACGUGAAAUCUUUCCGGAUCCCUUCUAUGCAUUCCUGUCUUUUGUUUGUUUUUCAUUUGGGCUGAGCGCACCGAUAGUUCGUGUGACUGCAAGAAGUCCCGUGAUUGUAAACAAACUGGAUGCUUUCUAUCCACAUAUUCAUCAAGUGCUUGUGGAACACGUGAGCAUCACAUGCCACAUUGAUGAAUUCUGUUCUUGUCGCCGCCCAGAUUUUUGCGUUUCGUCACUAUUCCUCCCCUUUGGAUUACAAUUUCCGCAAAUUGAUGUGCUCAGUUUGCGAAGCUGCUGCGAACCACGCAACGAGUGUUGGUUAAUCGAAGAGCAGCAUCGAAUAUCUGUAGCAAUGACAGAUUUUCCUUGUGCCAACGUGGAUGAGCAUAUGACCCCGGACGGAAAAAUUCGUGUUGAUGAUCCAACGGAAUAUUUGAAACGACAACCGAAAAAAAGUAUACUGAAGAUGAAACAGGAUGUUUCGAUGGAUGGCAAAGAAGGUAGAGCUCAUUUUGAUGAGAUGAAUAUCCUAGCCACUUAUCAUCCCACAGACAAGGAUUAUGGAACUAUGAAGAUUGACGAACCAAAGACCCCAUAUAACUACUCAGAUUGUGAAUCGGAAGGCGAUGAGGCUUCUUCUGGGCAAGGGUCUCGGCAUCGUAGGGUAUCUCUUGGAGGAGCAGUUGAUCCCGAAGAGGUUGCGGAAGGUCUCAGCCAAAAUGCCGGUACCGGUUCAGUGAAGUCUAUUGGUUCUGGUUCAGACACCGAUGAUGAUGAGUCGCAUCUUACACCGGAACAAAUCGCCCACAAGCGAGAGUUUGAAAAGAAACGUAAGCUGCACUACAAUGAAGGAGCGGCGCUGAAAGCAAUGAUGGCUCACAUCGAUGACGAGGACAUGGAAUAG